GGAGAGCUAAAAACUGCUUACUAAGAUUAUUGUUCAUCAUCAACAUCAACACUAAAGAAAUCUCAGAUUUUGUUUCUUUUCUUUUCUUAACUUGAUAAAUAUAAUAAUGUCUGGAAGAAGGGAAGUGAAAUCGGAGCCGAUGAAAGUUGUGUUCAUAAACACACAAUACGUUGAGACAGAUGCUCGUAGCUUCAAGACUGUUGUUCAAGAACUCACCGGCAAGGAUGCCAUAGUCGCGGCAGGUCCUUUUGAGUCUCCCACUGCUUCCGACGAUCGUUGUUACGGCGGAGGUAGUAAAAUCGGCGAAGAUACCAGACGGCUCUACGGCGGCGGCGGCGGCGGCGGAGGAGGAGUGGGGACUACGACGGAGUUUGAUAGAUUUUUCAAGGAGAUGCCUCCCAUGGAGGAAUUGUAUAAACUAUGGUCAGAAAAUUGAGUCAUUAUAUUCUUCUUUUUUCUCCUCAAAAUCAAAUAUUUCUUUCUUUUCGUCCACUAAGAAGAUAUUGUUGCGAUUCAUUUGAUUAGUCAUCUCUUAAAUGGAUCGUCGUGGGUUUGAGGUUAGGUCCAAUUGCGAAAACUACAUGUUGGAAAGUCUGAUAUGAUUUUCAUUAUAGUAGUAUACUGCGCCCCAAUUCUCCGUAUUUGGAACGGGCUUCAAGCUUACAUAUGUUUUUUUCUGGCCCAUGAAGCCCAAAGAAUUACUUUUGUCAAUGUGCUGAAAUGAAAUUUCUAAACUUUGGGAUUUUAAGUA